GUCAUAAUUUCAGUGAUCCUCCUAAGUGAUUUGUUUGAUUUAUAAUUUUCCUGAAAGAUUCGCAAUUUGAGGAUAGUGAAAGGAAUUCGGUUGAUCCUUUUGUGAAAUUUAACAAAGACAACAAAUAUUCUUCAGUGAGGAUAUUCGAAUUUUAAGGAAACACGACAUUAUUAUUAUAGAGAUAAUUAUUAAUUAUAUAGGUCUAUACAGAAAAAUACUACCAGGACAUAUUUUUUGUUGCUUCUUCGAAUCAACUUGCAAGAGAAAUAAAUAAGAAUAAUUAUCAGACUGAUUUAGUUAAUCAUGGUAUUCAACAUAAUUACAAUAUUGAUUAUUAUUACUUUGAUAUUGAUUGAAAUGCAUUAUGGAAUAGUACAAUAUGUUUUAAACAAAUUACGCAUGUAUAAUAAGAUCAAACGAUUCCCGGGUCCAAAAGCAUACCCAAUUAUCGGAAAUGCUUAUAUGUUUCUUGGCAACAUCGAAGAUAUAACUAAUCAAUUUUUAAAGAUUAGUAAGUAUUAUCAAUCAUUAUGGCGUAUAUGGUUAGGCACAAAAUUACUUAUAAUGGUCGACGAUCCAAAAUAUAUCGAAAAUAUAUUACGUAGUACAGACGUUAUUGAGAAGAGCGACGAAUAUGACCAUUUGAAGAUUGCUAUGGGUGAUGGUUUAUUCUCUGCACCAGCAUCUAAAUGGAAAGGUCAUCGAAAGUUAUUAAAAGAAGCCUUUCUAAAUAAAAAUAUACACUCGCAUAUGAAUGUAUUCAAUAAUCAUUCUAUUAAUUUAAUGGAGAAGUUGGAUUCUUUAGUUGGAGAAGAUAUAGACGUUGGCCACUACGUCUAUCGCUGUGUAUUGGACAUAAUAUAUGAUGGCAUGCUGGACAUAAAAGUAAAUACACUAACUAAUCCGGACAGCAAACUAGCUGAAUCUAUUGAAUGCGGAACGCACAUACUUGCAGUGAGAAUAUUUAAAUUAUGGCUACAUCCCGACAUUUUUUUUUAUAACACUGCUAUCGGAAAGAAAUUUCAAAAGUGCUUGUCCUACAUGGAUAACAUCACCAGCAAUAUAAUGAAGAAAAAGAAGGAAUCAAUUUCGAGAAAUAAAAUCAAUCAAGAAUUGACAAAGGAAAAUUCAGAUUUUCAUUUGUAUCUCAACGAAGUACAACAUCCAAGAGUAUUUCUUGAUUUGUUAUUCGAAUCAUCGCAUGAAGAGGGAAAAUACUCUCAGCAAGAUAUUCGAGAUGAAAUCAAUACGAUGAUUAUUGCGGGAAGCGAUACUACAACUACUACCAUUAGCUUUGUAUUUUUGAUGCUUGCUUCAUUCCCUGAUAUUCAAAACGAAGUAUACGAGGAACUGAAUCAAAUUUACGGCUCAAACAAUCCAAAAUAUGCUCUAAUAUCACACGACGAUACUAAACGUAUGAAACUUUUAGAACGAGUGAUCAAGGAAACCUUACGACUCUUUCCUAUAGGUCCUGUCAUCGGUCGUAAAGUAACGAAGGAUAUAGAAGUGGAACAAAAUUUAACUAUACCAAAAGGAAGCUCCUUGUUAGUUUGGAUUUUCAAACUUCAUCGAAAUAAAAAAUAUUGGAACGAGCCAUUGAAGUUUGAUCCAAAUAGGUUUCUAUCCAGUAAUGUUCAUCCUCAGAGUUUUUUACCAUUCGGUAUUGGAGCUAGAAAUUGCUUAGGUCAAACAUUUGCUAUGCUAGAAAUGAAGGUGAUAAUUGCUACUAUUUUAAGAAGAUUUAUUAUUAAAAUUGAUCGGCCUGUAGUAAUCGAAGAUAUUGCCUUUAAGCUGGAUAUCACGUUAAAACCGGCAAAACCUAUAGUAUUACAAUUUGAAAGAAGAAAUUAAUUAAAAUUAUAAUAUUAAUUUAAAUAUAUUACACACACACACACACACACACACACACACACACACAUAUAUAUAUAUAUAUAUAUACUAUAUGUAUAAUAAUUAUGUAUAUAUUGAAUUCUGUGCAGGAUAGUAGAUAUAUCAAAAAAAAUAAAUUAUGAAUAUAUGAAAUAAAAACUAUAAAAUCCAUCUAGUAAGAUCUCAUUAUUUCAUAUAAUUUGAUAUAAUUAAUAAUCAAGCGAUAAAACCCUUGGAGAUCAUUU